AAUCCUUUCAAUACAAUGAGACCAUUUUGACAGAUGAGGUGUCGUUCUGAUGAGUCUAUCCCAUGGUAGGAUGCUUCUUUGACCAUGUACAGAUUCUAUACCCGCGAGUUUCUUCCUCUGAUGGAUACUCUCACCAAGACAGGCAUCAAAUUAUGCCAUCACAGCACUAUAUACAAUGCGGGCAGACAACGCUGCGCAGUGCGCGUCGUGUGGGUUUAUGUUUACUGCUCAGCGCCCUUGGCUGGCCGAAUACCAUGCAAUAUCUAUAGCCCCUAGCGGUGCUCGAAUAUCUGAUACCCCCGUCAGACAUAGACACAAAAAGCCUCGAAAGAAUGCGCCAAACACCACACACCUUAUCCAUACCAACUGCUGGCGUCGCCUGGUCAGCCAUUUCAGCCCUGAUCAACUUUCGCUUGACCGGCUGUAUGAAGUCCUGAAAGACCUCCCGUACUUUGCCAGUAAUCCAGGGGAAGCAGAGACCCAUCUCAGCUAUAUAGACCCUCAUCGGCUGCCAGACCUUAAACUAGAAACAGAAAACGCGCUACCCACACCGAGCCCAGAAGUGCAAGAUUCAAUGAGUCGAGCAUCUGCCGAUGACCGCUUUGCGCAACUCCCUGUGGAAAUGCGCCUGGAGAUUGCCACCCACCUCUCGACGAGUGACUAUCUGACCCUCCGCUAUUGCUCGCGCGCCAUGGCUGCGGUCUUUGACAUCGAGGCCUUCUGGCGCACUCGAUUCCUGGUCCAUGAGGAGCGUGGCUUCGUCAGCUAUCUGUUUGAUGACUAUCCUGCCGAACACCGCUGGCGAUUACUCUACCACCAUACGAACCUAAACAAGUAUAUCGACUAUAUCAACCAUCUAAAUCAUGUAAACCCAGUCUACUGUGAGAACUGCGUCAAUAAUGUGUACUGCGUGGGCCAUACAGACCGUGUGAACCAACCGAGCCACUGCUUCCAAGCCAUGCGACGGCAUUGGAGAAUCAACACCAAUAUUUACGACAGAUACUAUAUGACGCAGCAGACAUCGACUGUUGGUCUGGAGAUGGCCAGGAAAAAAGGCCCCCUACGAUGGAAGAAAGUGUUUGAUGAUAAGUACAUAUGCGAAAGACAGAAAGUAUAUGGUAAUAAUCGCAAGGCCUGUCAUCGCUGCCUGGAGAAGCAUAUUUACUUCAAAGAGAAAGCUUCCUUCUCCAGCUCUGUGGUCCAAAUUACCUUCUUUGUUCUGUUUGAGGGGGAGGAUACAUAUAUUGCCGGGCUGAAGCUGAUCCACGAAGACAGUACAGGAGCCCCCAACAUCCAGUUAGGCUAUCGAAUACCCGGUAAGCAAGUGACGAUCAAUCUUUCACCGCAGCAGAAACUGCGAGGAUUCAUACUGAAUACCAGUGCACAUGGGGUCCACGCUAUUCGCUCUGUCACUACCGCAGGGGAGUUGGAUUGGAUAGGCCAGCCCGUGGGAAUCGUGGGAAAGGAGAUGGGAAUCGUGGGAUUGGAAAUGGGCAAGAAGGCUCUGACCACCAAUCGGCCCAUCAGAGCCCUUUUGGGGACUUUCGAUCAUUGCAGGAUGACAGGUUUCGAAAUCGGCAUUGCUCGCAAUGGCGUCCGACAAAGAGGCGGAGAAUAGCUAUUGAAUCCUGCUAGACCUUUCAGUGGCUCUGGUCCUGGGAGGAAGGGUGCUCCUUUGGUGCUUCCCUCUAUACCCAAGUCUGCGUUCCUAUGACAACAAAGUUGAAAGAUGUUCAUUAGAACCAUCGGUCUUCACCUUAGUAUUUCCAUACUCUCAGAGCACUUUAGCUUUCUGAACUCUUCUGAAAAUUGCACUAAAGAUACUCU